CUCUCUCUCUCUCUCUCUCUCUCUCUCUCUCUCUCUCUCUCUAAAGUUUUUGUGUCCAUUCUACAAACGGCACGGCAGGUUAUAUUAUAAUUAUAAUGAUCCACUAGCGGAUAUUUGAAUUCAAUCUUGAUUACCCAUAUCUUGAAAUUUCAGUUUUAAUCAGCCGAGUUUGGUAAUAUUGACAUCCAAGGACAAUGGUGGUGAAGAAGAUGAUGAGGUGGCCACCAUGGCCGGCAGCAGCAGUUUCCACCAAGAAAUAUACUGUAGUCGUUGUUGUACGGAGGCUACAUGGGUUGGAAUUGGAGGAGGAGGUGGUGGAGGAGAGAAGAGCGUUGGUGGUGGAGGUUAAGUGGAAGGGUCAGAAGAAGUCCUUGAGACUCGGCUCUGCGCCUCCUGUCAAGAGGAAUUUCACCAAAGAAGGUGGAAUUGGCGAUGAUGGGGCGGUCGAGUGGGAUGAGGAGUUUACGAGUGUAUGUCGCUUUUCGGGUUACAAGGAGGAGGGGGAGCCUCUGUUUUUUACAUGGGAGCUUGCAUUUACAGUGCUCUGCAAUGCUGAAAACAAAGGAGUGAGAAACAGAGUCAGUGUCUUUGGAACUGCAUCACUGAACCUCGCGGAAUAUGCUUCAGCAGUGUCUGACGGAAAGGAAUUCGGGCUCAACAUUCCUGUUAAUGUCGCUACUGGGGUUUCAGAGACUAUCCCAUCACUGUCUAUCUCUCUCAGAUUAUUGGAACUGAGAGCCACUCAACAACUCUCAGAGACCAUGCGGGGAUCCUUGCAUUCUGAUGAAGCUAUUUCCGCACAAAAAGACGAGUUUUCUGCUCUUAAAGCAGGGCUGAGAAAGGUGAAAAUCCUAACCAAUUAUGUUUCAUUUGGUAAAUCAAACAAGGCAUGCCGCGAGGAACGUAGCACUGAUAGCAGGAGUUCCAAUCGAAGCGAGGAUGCUGCGUCCAAUUAUCCAUUUGACACAAGUUCACUUGAUGAUGAUGCUGGAGAGGAAUCAGAGUGCAGUAAGGACGAUUCUAGUGGCAGACAGUCAAUCAGCUACGAAACUAUAGCAUAUGCAAACUAUGCUGGAGCCUUGUUUUCCUCCAAUACUAACAUUGAGGAUGAGGAUGAUUUUUGGAUCCACUAUAGCAACCAUAAAUUAGCAGGCGGCUCGCAUGUUGACAAUUCUGGUGCACCAGUCCACAGGCCAACCUUCUGGUGGAGUUCAAAGGGAAGCAUCCUACCUUGGAGGAAGAGGAAAUUGAGCUUCAGAUCUCCGAAGACCAAAGAGGAGCCUCUUCUGAAGAAACAUUAUGGAGAAGAGGGUGGCGAUGAUAUUGACUUUGAUCGCAGGCAGCUUAGCUCCUCCGAUGAGUCCAGUUCUUCUUUCUAUUCUGAAAGUCUCGUGAAACAGAGGGUUCAGUAUCUGAAUUCGGGGACGAUAAGUUUUUCUGUGGGAACUUGGCAGCAAAAGGAAGUGAUAAGCCGUGAUGGAAAUAUGAAGCUUCACAUCCAAGUAUUUUUUGCUUCAAUUGAUCAAAGGAGUGAACGUGCUGCUGGAGAGAGUGCGUGCACGGCCCUGGUUGCAGUCAUUGCAGAUUGGUUGAAAUCCAACCAGAAUGAGAUGCCUAUCAAGUCUGAAUUCGACAGCCUGAUUAGAGAUGGAUCAUCAGAGUGGAGAGCUCUCUGCAAUAAUGAGGCCUACAUAGAGCAUUUCCCUGACAAGCACUUCGAUCUUGAGACCAUUUUUCAAUCUAAAGUUCGUCCUCUUUCUCUAGUUCCAGAGAAAUCUUUCAUAGGAUUCUUCCAUCCUGAGGGACUAGAAAAUAGGGAUUUCGACUUCCUUGAUGGUGCCAUGUCCUUCGAUAGUGUGUGGGAUGAGAUCAGCCAUUCUGCAUCAGAAUGUGCAUGGGACAGCAAACCGUUAGUCUACAUUGUGAGUUGGAAUGACCAUUUCUUUGUCCUAAAGGUAGAGCAGCAUGCUUUUUACAUAAUUGAUACAUUGGGGGAGAGGCUGUAUGAAGGCUGCAACCACGCUUAUAUCCUCAAAUUUGACAAAGACACGAAAAUACAAAGAUUACCAAGCGGUACUAAAACAGCAGAUGAGAAAAAGAGAGACCAAUUACAACCGAACAACUCCAAGGAAACAAAAGCCGAAGGGGCAAUUGUAGUGAGCCAGAAAGAUUCGAAAGACGGAGAUAGAGAAGAGGAGAUUGUGUGGAAAGGAAAAGACUGCUGUAAAGAGUAUAUUAAGAGCUUUCUUGCUGCUAUUCCAAUAAGGGGAUUGCUGGCGGAUCUUAAGAGGGGUUUGAUGACAUCAAUACCUCUCCAUCACCGGCUACAAAUUGAAUUCCACUAUACCAAGCUGUUGCUGUCCCCGGGUGAAGUUUCAGUAAUUGAAACAGCAGCUGAUGCUCCAGCAAUGGCCAUGGCAUUGACCGUUGUAUAAUGACUUCCCCCUCCCCCUUCUUUUCGGGAUUCAAUUGUCCAUCUCUAAUAGCAAUACAAUGUAAAUAGAGAAUUCAAUAUAGAGAACUCAUACCACAUUAUUUCUUUGUUUAUCAACAAUAAAUCCUCAUGUUCAAGAACCUUAAUAUGAAGGGCUUUACCC